AGCUCGAAUAGUUGUUUCGAUUGAUGAUCUAUUGAUUGAAAUUCUUUUACGCAUACCUAUAAAAUCCCUUCUCUGUUUGAAAACCGUAUCCAAACGUUGGCUUUCAAUCAUUACUCAUCCACAUUUCUCUGUCCUCUGUCAUCCCAAUCCAAAUCGCGCAAUAGGCCUUUUCUUGACCUGUCCUUAUUCUCUUCCAGCAAAACCCCAGUUUGAUUAUGUUCAUUUUGAUAAGAAAAAUCCCACAAAACCACCAUUUAAGAAUCUCAAAUUCAUUAAAGACUCUUCUGGUAUUAGUGUUCUGCAAUCUUGCAAUGGACUAAUGCUCUGUUCCAACUCCCCUUCGCGUCUAGCUAAAACAAAUUACUAUGUUUGCAACCCCACUACGAAACAUUACACAGUACUUUCAAAAUCAGUUCUUGAAACUGAAAAUUGUAAAAUUCAUGGUAUAAGCUUAGCUUUUGAUCCUGCCAAGUCUCCUCAUUACAAAGUAAUAUGUGUUCGCGAUUCUGUGUCGUCUCCUCAACAUUAUCAGAUUGAAAUUUACUCAUCUCAAACAGGGCCAUGGAGACUAUCAGGUGAUCCAUUCAUUGCUGAUGUUAAUUUCUCCAAAGGGGUUUAUUGGAAUGGAUCAAUUUACUGGAUUAGUACUAUUGGAAACUUGACUUGUUUAUAUUACAAUCUUGAAUUUGAGAGGUUAGGGCCAAUGCCACAUUUUCCAGAUGAUCAAGGAACAACCAUAGCAUAUUUUGGUGAAUCUUGUGGCCAUUUGCACAUCACAAAAAUUUCAUUUUACACGGUUCGAUUUGAUGUAUACGAGAUGAAAAGGGAUGAUUCUGAAUGGUUUGUUAAGUACAAGAUUGAUUUUGAUCAUCCUUAUAAGUUGAAUUAUUAUAAUUUUACGAUAUUAUCUCUGGUUCGAGGUAAACGAGAAGAGGAUGCAUUUUUGGUUCUGGCAGCUCCUAAUGAUGAUAAGGUAAUGAAGUACAAUCUUAUAAACAAGACCUUUGAGAAAUUCUGUGAUUAUGAUGUUGAAGAUGAACAAGUUUUUUAUUGUAGUACAAUUGGUGCUUUUGAGUAUAUUGAGUCCUUGUGUUGUGCUUGAAU